GGCGCUCCUUCACUCAGUGCGAGAACUCUAUGGAGGAGCUCUCCGACCUGAUCGUGAUGGCACCGCCUGGGGCGUGCCCGAUCGCGGGCGCGGACGCGCAGACGGCCUCGCCCCCGCCGCAGGCGGGCGAGGGGCGCUGUAUUGGGGGCUUCCCAGUCGGCCAGCGCACACGUCGCGCCGAGAUUCUGACGAGACUUCUCAUGCAGCACGACCUGGCGGCGACGAACACGUUCACCGCGGCGGCCAGCGGACCCUCCUGCCACUGCGAUUUCCAGCACCCGCCGGCCCAGAUCGACCAUGCCCUGAUUCCCGCUCGCGACAUCUGGAAGGUCAGCACCGCGCUUGAGGAUAUCGCCGACAGUGCGCAAUCCGACCACUCGGCCAUCAAGCUGGAGUUCACCUUCGGCACCAGGAGGCGCUACAUCUGGCAUGGAGGUCGUGCGCCCAUGAAGGGCUGGACCUACCUCGACAACCGCAUUCAGCGCUGGAGCCGCAUCGCCUGCCGCGCCGACCGCAACCCAGCGCCGAUCACUUCCACGACGGACGCGGUGUACCUGGCUGCCGCUGCUUGCGGCAGGGGCCCGCCUGCGAGGGCGGCCCCCAAGCUCCCCGAGGGCCACGAGCUCAUGCAGGCGCUGCGGGCGUUAGGGGCACGCCGGCGGGUCGCCCGCAAAGGCGAGCAGCGCGCGGUCUACAGAAAGGAUAUCAUCAGGCUUCGCAGGAAGAUCUGGACUGCGAACAGGGCCCUGCAGCAUUGCUUACACGAGGCGGGCAAUCCCCGAGCACGAGCGCCUCGCCGAGGUCAGCCUGGCCCGAUCCACGACCAGCUGAUGAGCGCGGAGGGGGAGAUCGAGGGCGACCCGCUGAGGAUCAAGGAGCUUCUGGCGCGCGAGUGCGGCAGCGCCUUCAGGGCCAGCGACGGGGAGGAGCUUGUCGAGGCCUCUGCCUACCUCGCCCACUUCGCGACGGAGGAUGACCUCCAUAUCCCGUCCUUCUCGCCCGAGAUGCUCCGCGAGGCUCCGUGCGACAUGAUGGCCGCGAAGGCUCCUGGCGUGGGCAGGGUGGCCGCCGAGCCCCUGCAGGCCCUCGACUCAGGCUUUCUCGCCUCGCUCGCGGCCGACUCUGAGAACCGCUUCCGCGGGGUGCCCGAGUAUGCCGGGGGCCAAGCCCGGUCGGGGCACCUCGUCCAGCCCAUGAAGAAGAAGGGAAAGCUAUACUCGGUUGGCCUGAUCAAGAAAUGCGCCAACAAGCUGACCUUGCGGAGCCCGCAGUACGCCAAUCGCAAGCACCACCAAGCGAUGGGCGUGAUCUUCAGCAUGCGCACGCUGACUGAGAAGGCCUGCGGGUGGAACCGUCUUAUCUCAAUCGUGGGCGGCGAUAUAGAGGCCGCGUUCGACCGCGUCUCGCACCGCUCG